AUGCCACGGCAUGUGAGCGCAUUGCUCGAGACGACGCAGACUUCGCCCGGCUCUUUGGCCAACACUUUCACCGUCGCCGAGACGACCCUGUUCCGACUCCCAAGACGAGCGGAAAGCGCAAGCCAGGCCGCCAGGACAGCAGGAACCAACACACAACAACACUAUGUUGUCGGCUUGCUUACCGCAAGCCGGGGCUCGCCUAUCCUCAGAAGAUGA